CAUAGUCGCUGCUGCAUAAAUUGAGCACCUCCGUCGACUAAUUUACCUGGUGCUUGCACCAGCGUCUUCGUGUGCUCCUUACGUAAUCGGAUCUAAUAUCGCUCGGGUCCACUCGCACAGAAUUAGCCUCACGCAGCUCAUUACCAGAGAGCGUUCGCCGUGCAGUUCGACCUUUUUUUUAACUAGUGCCGUAUCGUGCAUUCCAGCCACAGCUCCCUGUCGUCCCUCCUCUUGUAGUGACAAGAAAGCCAUCGCCCAAUUUGUCGAGAUUCCGGGACAGAGUUAGACCGUGACAAUGGCCGUCGCAUCCCUCGCUUCCGGACCACCAUCCGUUCUUCUGGAGCCUCCCAGCCUGGCCGGACCAUCAGAACUGCGCGUAUCAGGAGUCGAACCCACGCCGGUUCUAGAAGCCUCGGAAAACCAGCACUACGCCACGGGUCUCAACACCUCUCUUGCAAUCCUAAACUCUGCCCACGCCACCCUCCUAGAUUCCCCGUGCGGCUCGUCCCUAUCCGCUCUCUCACUCUCCUUAGCCGUCACCCUUACCCAAGCUCUGCACGACGGGCUAUGCGCGUCCACCAAGAUUCGAACCCACGUCUCCCAGUUCCUCCUCGAGUGUCUCGAGGAUAUCGAGGCGGAAUUACCCCACAUACACCCGCCCGCCGUCGACUGCUGGGAGUGGGACCUCGUCGCGGGGCCCGUGCCCGUGCUCGCAACCCACCACCUGUUCUCCGCGUCGCCGUCUUGCGAUAACGGCCAGGCUUUAAAGCCAUCGCGGUCGUCGUCGCUGUCCAAGAGCGCAUCGAGGGGGCUGCGCGUACAGUGGCUGGACGAGGCGAAGGGCGCGGCGCUCACGGCCGUCAGGGAAUUCCGCCGCUGCGAUCACGAGGCUGUUGCUAUGGGCUUCCGAACCGAGUCGUGCAGUAUCGAGGAUGGCGUCUGCAACUGCUCGCUUCAAUAACACCAGGACUCACUGCGCUGGAACGAGCACUUUUCUGCCCCUAAUAUAACACUCGCGUCCCCCAUCCAUUGACGCAAUAACGGGGUGAGGCUGAUAGGAGGAGCUGAUUAGGGUUGUGAGGUAGUGGUAGCAGUAAUAAUGGGUUUGAAAUAAAAAGUACAUGUACAAGUGAUUCAAAAUAUUUUUUAGAAGUCCAC